GUGAGAAAGCAGCUAUAUACUUAGUAGCUAAUUACACAACAAGUUGGACAUACUUUUUGUAUCUUUAAACUGUUUGUGCCUAUAAUAAUAGCCAACAUAACCUGUAUCCAAUAAAAAGUGAAGAAGUAAAAACGUUUAACCUAAAAAAAUAUUUUAAAAAUUUAUUUAUAAAAAUGUGUUAAUAUAAUAACAAUAAUUUAAAAUGUUUUCUUAUUCUAUUAUUGGAAGGCAGUCGUUUAUUUUCCAUCGUUUUUUACAUAGGGUAAAAUUUUCUAAGAAUUGGAGCAACAGAAGUGCUACUGUUAUCAAUGAGCUAAAUGAAGCCAGCCCCAAUAUAUCCGAAGAAAGUGUUCAAAAAUUCCAAGAACUAAAUUUAAAAGGCUUAAGGGAUGUUUACAAUAAAACUGACUUUGAACAUAUUACUGCCCAAGAAGGUCAACAUUUGUUGCAAUGUUGUGGUGGUACAUCCCUAAUCACUUCCACACCUGAAGAAAGGAGUAACAUCUGUAACAGUAUAUAUGAAAAUCUUCUUAAGCAUAAUAAACUAAAUCUUAAUAUUUACCACACUUAUAUUCAAAUAUGUACUGAAAACAGAACUUUGUUAAACUCCAAAACAUUUUUGGGAAGCCUUAAAUUUAAACCAGAUUAUAAGAUUUAUAGAUUUUUAUUGGAAAAUGUUUGCGAAUGUGAAGAUGCAGGCCAAGCUUUUCAACUUCUUGAAAAUAUGAAGUCUGACAAUGUACCAAUAGAUGAACAUAUUUUUAAUAGUUUAGUCUUAGUUCAUACCUUAAAGGGAGGUUUGGAAGGUGCUAAAAAUGUUUUAGAGACUAUGAAAGCAGCUAAAGUUUCAGAAACUGAUGAAACCUACUUUGCCAUUCUGAAAGGUGUUAUUAGAAGUCAAAAUUAUAAUGACUUCAUAAUGUUUCUAGAUAAAUAUAAGUUCACUUUAGAUGAAAAUCAAAUAUUAAUUAUCUUAAAAGAGUUGGGUUUAAAUAAUCAUGUUGAGUGGCUCUCAGAGAUGAAAGAGCAUUUGUUGACUGAUUUAGUCCCAACAAGAGAAUUUAUUAAUAAAGUGAAAAAUAUUUGUAUAAAUUUAAUUCAUUUGAAAAAAUCAAAUUCUGCUAUUAAACUUUAUACUUACGUUCAGCAACAGCCUGAAGCAAAUUAUGGAUUCUUUAUUUUGGAAGAAAUGUUGCAUUCUAAAACAGAUACAAAUGAAAUUAUUAAUACAACGAAAAUGUUCUUAGAAAAUUAUGACAGUGACCGAGCUUUUGAGAAUUUAGCAGAAUUUGCAAUGAAAAAUAAAUAUUUUGACAUUACAUGGAAACUUUUCGAGAAUUUUAGAGAAUUAAGACCCCAUUUUUUCUGGCCUCUACUAGUUGAUGCCCGCAAUAAUAAAGGGGAGACUGGUAUUUUUGAAGUAAUAGAAAAGGUAAAUAAUUUGAAUUUGAAAUUAGAUUCGGAUACUUUAUCAGACUUUAUAUUACCAUAUAUAAAUUUGGAAGAAAUUACAACUUCUGUUGAAAAAUUAAAAAAAGUCGGUUUUACUGUAACAGAAACUUUGAGUCCAAUGUUAUUGGUUCUACUAAGAAAUGGCCACAUACAUGAAGGUGUUCAAUUAUGUGGUCAUUACAAUGUUAAAAUUCAAGGAGAAAAAUUAUUUAGAAGUAUUUGUUAUUCUUGGAAAAAUUCAAAAGAUCCAAUGAUAGUUUCAAUAUUACAAAAAUUUUGUGAAUAUAGUAAUGUUGAUAAUGACUUAACAGGAGAGUUUCUUAUCAGGUCAUUUCAGAAUUGCAAAACAAUUAAGGAUUAUCAUGCAAUUCCUUUACUUUUGAAGGUUAUUAAUGAUAACAAUUUAAAAAUAACUACUACCUCAGCCGAUGUCCUAAGAGAAAGACUGGAUAAAAACUUGAAAGAAAGUGAACCCAAAUUAUCAGAAGAAAUUUUAGAUGGAUUAGAUCGAAUAUUAGAAUUUAAAUUGAAGAGUGAAACAGAUUACAUACCACAUCCACGUAAUAUGAAUGUAGAUGAUCUUGAAAAUCACUUAAUAGAAUUAAGACAAAAAAACAUGGAAACCCGAGGAGUUUUGCGUAAAUUAAUUCAACUACAUGCUAAAAUAGGAAAUUUGAAAAGAGUAACUCAACUUCGACAAGAAUUUUUAGAUGCCGGUUAUGAAGAAACUCCCGGCAUGAAGUCAUCUUUAAUGCACACUUACGUAGUCUCUAAUAAAUUAGAAUUAGCAGUUGAUCUUUAUGAAGAAAUCAAAAAUGCGGAUAGCAAUUUUUCUGUAGAUAGACACAAAAUUAUAGAUUUGGCAACUCUUUUGUCGAAGAAUCAAAAAUUAGAUGAGGCCAUCAACCUCAUAAAUGAAGCAAGAAAUAUGCCGGUAUAUGAAGGUCCUGGUUUGCAAAGAAAUUGUCUAGCAUUAUUGAACUCAAUAAAAGAUGAAAAUAGACAAAGUGAAAUGCUAAAUCUUUUGGUUAUUAAAGGUUAUUGUAAAUAUAAUAAUAUAAUGCUUGGACCUUUGGUAAGAAUUAAUUUAUAUAGGGGUGAUUUAGAAAAAGCAUCAGAAACUUACAAUCAUUUAGCAGAAAAAUUUAAAUGUACACCCUUACAAUUUGAGUUGACUAGGGAAAUAGCAAAAUCGAAAAACGAUAAAUUGUUACAGAAAGUGCUAGAUGCUACUGCCCAAAUUCAUGGACCUUUAUCGGCACAAGUAACUUUAAUAGGCGUUUUAGCCGAAAUUGGCGAAGAACAGAUUUUGAAAAAAAUUUUAAGUUCUACCAAAUUUGAUAUCAGUAGAGAGGUGAACAAGAAAUGUGUACGAUGGAUCAAAGAAGGAAAAUCUGAUGCAUUAGAAACAUUAGCUAAAUGUUGUAGUAGACUAUCUAGUGAAGUUAUUGACCUUAACUUUGUGUAUGAUAGUAUAAUAAAGACAUAUGCGUUGAAGAAUGAUUGUCAAGGUGCAAUAAGAUUUUAUGAGAGUUUACUAGAUAAUGAUAUACUUGUAGAUAGUAGAUUAGAACAACAAGUUGUAAAAUUGUUACAGCAAAAUAAUUAUUCAAUACCAACCAGUUUUAGAUUAAAUAGUGCAAAG